GUCCAGGUGGAGGUGGUGCUGCCUGGCAGAUGCUGGCCGUGCACUUACGUUACUUCCUGCCGCUGUGUGUGUGUGUGUGUGCUGGCAGUGGCAGAGGUGAGGUGCUGCUGCUGCGCAUUCAGCUCUCAGUCAUCUGCUGUUCUCUGGUGGAAAAAAGCGGCCGACGGAUUAUCCAGCUCCCCUAACAGUGUUAGCUAUUCGGCUAACAGACAAGCCAGCAACCGAGAGGAGCCAUGAAAAGCCGCCGGAGCCGGUGAAAGUUAGCCACGGGUUACUUUGGGACUUUAAUGCACGCAAAGAUACCAAAAAGGAGGUUCGCGGGUCAUGCCGUCGCCCCCAGCGGGAACUUUUGCCUAGAAUUUCCACUUGGGAAGGGCUAGCUCGGGGGGCUAGCUCGGCUACGAACUAUUUUUAAUUGGCUUUGGGCUCAAUGGCUCUCGCUUGUUUUUCCCUGUCAUAGCGACAGCUUGGAAAAUUGGGAGAGGCCCCCUUGUGAAGUUCAUGACAAACCAAAGGCCGGUUUUGAAGCUUAACUGUGGACGACUAAACUGGCAAGGGAGCGAAAAUGAAGAAGCAGUUCAAUCGGAUGAAACAGCUCGCCAAUCAAACAGUCGGCAGAGCAGAGAAAACAGAAGUUCUCAGUGAUGACCUCCUGCAGAUCGAACGGCGCAUGGAGCUGGUACGCGUGGUGUCCCACAACACACACAAAAAGAUGGUGUCGUGUCUACAGGGACACAUCGGUGCAGAGGCAGAGAAGAGACAUUCUGUACCACGCCUCUAUACAGGAAAUGGUCAGAAAAAGCUUCCCCUCACGGCACUGUCCCAGGCAAUGACUGAAGGUGGAAGCCAGUUGGGAGAAGACUCCUUAAUAGGGAAAAUGAUGGAGGUGUGCGGAGAUGCAGAGAAUCGUCUGGCAUCAGAGCUGAUGCAACAUGAGCUGCAGAUAGAGAAGGACGUUCUGGAUCCACUUAGCCAGUUAGCCGAGGUGGAAAUCCCUAACAUCCUGAAGCAGAGGAAACAGCUGGCCAAACUGGUGUUGGACUAUGAUUCUGCCAGAGCAAGAUGGUUGCAGGCAACCAAGUCAAUAAUCUCAGGAACAAACACUCAAGCACUGACGGCCAAGGCUGACCUACUCAAGGAAGAGGUGGAUGAGGCCAUGAACAAAGUGGAGCUUUGCAAGGAUCAGCUUGCUGCCGACAUGUACAGUUUUUUCUCAAAAGAAGGCGACUAUGCCCACUAUUUCGUAACGCUCUUAGAAGCUCAGGCAGAUUACCACAGAAAGUCUCUCACUGUUCUGGAGACUGUCUUGCCAACCAUCCAGGCUCAGCAAGAUUCAUGGACGGAAAAGCCGGCGUUUGGCACUGGUUUGGAUGAACACCUGAAGAGGAGUGGGAGGGAGAUCGCCCUGCCAAUAGAGGCUUGUGUCAUGAUGCUUCUAGAGACGGGCAUGAAGGAAGAGGGUCUAUUCAGAAUUGCAGCAGGGGCAUCCAAGUUAAAGAAGCUAAAGGCGGCGCUCGACUGUUCCACUUCACAGCUGGAGGAGUUCUACUCUGACCCCCACGCUGUCGCUGGAGCACUAAAGUCCUACCUGAGGGAACUCCCUGAACCUCUAAUGACCUUCCAGCUUUAUGAUGAAUGGAUCCAGGCAUCCAGUGUGUCAGACCCAGACAAACGGCUCCAGGCGCUCUGGGUUGUAUGUGAUAAACUACCAAAGAACAACAAAAACAACCUGAGGUAUCUGGUGAAGUUUUUAGCCAAACUGGCUCAGGAGAGCGAGCUGAACAAAAUGACCCCUAGCAACAUUUCCAUUGUCCUGGGACCCAAUUUGCUCUGGGCCAAGACUGAAGGGAGUCUGGCUGAGAUGGCUGCAGCUACCUCUGUGCACGUGGUGGCCAUUGUUGAGCCCAUUAUCCAACAUGCUGACUGGUUCUUUCCUGAGGACGUGGAGUUCAAUGUUUCUGGCAUGUUUGUGAUGCCCACACCUGCAUCCAACCACAACAAUCACUUAGAUUAUGACUCGGGCACCAUUGAAAGGAAGAGACCUGGCAGCAUGGUGGGACCAGAGAACGACACAGGACGCAAAGACAAUACCACUAACAAGCACUCGGACCACACCCUUCGUAGAGGCAGUAACACUUUAGGUAGAAAGCAGCACACUUCACCUGCUUUCCAGCCUCCUUUACCCCCCGUGGAGGCUCAGGGACAGGGACACGGGGCUGGGCAGGUUCCCCAGGCCUCGGCUGAGCCCCAGUCACAAGCUUCACCUGGGGGUUCAGGGUCUGAUCCUUUCCAGCAAAGUUUGGCACAGGGUCUUGCUGCUCUUGCAGCUGCUCAGCAGCUUCUAGCCCAGCACACAGAGGAGCUCAGCCCAAAGCUACGUGACUCUACAUCCACCCCAACCCCUGCGCUCCAGAGGAAUGGCUCUGGAGGAGGCAGCCAGGCUGCUGGCCAGCUGGGCACUGGAACCCCUGCGGCUGGAUCCAUGGGGCCCAGUCCACAUAUGAUGCGCAGAGGUACCAAGAAGCAGGCUCCUGCUCCUCCCAAACCCACAAACCCUCCACCCAGUCAGCCCUGUAAUUCUGUAAACCACUCCUCAUCCUCUGUCUCCUCCCAGACUUUCAGUUCCACCCCCAGACCCCUGGCUAGCCACUCGUCCACCUCUGUAACCUCCCCCACCUCACAUCCAAGUGCCACACAUCGGCGCCAUUCGAGUAACCAGCCUCCGAUCCAGGCGCCGAGCCAUCCACCCCCAGAACCUCCGACGCAGGCCAAUCCCUCUGUGCAGCCCACAUCCCUCGACCAGCACAGCGCCGACCCCUCACCCCCGGGAACCCCAACCCCUCCAGACACCCCUCCACCCUGCACUAACAGCCAGGAUGCAGUUACCCCUCCAUCCCCAUCUCCAUCUCCCUACCAGUCGGGCUCGCUUCCCCGGCCGCGGCCUGUCCCCAAACCACGGAACAGACCCAACAUCCCCCCGCCGCCCCAACCCACCACAGUGACCAAUGAGACCAACGGGAUCUGUACCAAGAUGAUGGAUCCGGUGAUUCCUUUCAAAGGUUUGAGUCGAUCUUUGGUCCCUGACCUCACGGCAGUAGACCAGCAGCUGCCGACUGCCACCGCCUUCUCCUCUUCCUCUUCGCCGCCUCUUCCUAAAGACUGUGACCUGGAGAGCGAGAGCACUGUCCUAUAAGGACGCGCCUGCCCAUAUCUGCAGCCCUCGUAUAAAAGAUGAACCUCUCCAACUGUGCCUGGUCAUGAAGGACAACAAACUAAUGGUGGCCAUCAUGGAGGUCAAACAGCUUCCUGUCAGCAAAAUACAUAAAACAUUUCUCCAGUCACAUGAUUAAUCUUUGACAUGCUAGUUUAUUAUAUGCGAGCUCUAUUAGUAUUUUUACCCACUACUACACACAUUUUAACAUCACAUUAUUAUAGGGGGUAAGCUAGAUGAGUGGCAGUUUGUCUUAGAGCGUUACUACUGGUUGUCUUCACUUUUAUAAAUGCCAUAAGUACAGCUUACAGUCAGUAUAGUUAUUGAUUAUAUAACACAUCUUUAAGCUAAAAGGGGUAAAACAUCACUAUAAAUUCACAGAACUGAGCUGAUCCCAGCUCACAUCAGCUAAAGGAUCUCACACGCAAGCCGCUUUGCAACCCCCAGCUCCUUCGCUUCAUUCUGUUUUUAGUUUAAUUCAUACGUGUGAAACAGUGUACUAGGAAAUCUAGAAGGAGUGAUAGUCAUGUGAAUGCCAAAUUUUUGGUUUAUAGUCUGACAACAGAGGUAGUGUCCACAUGCAAUUGGUGUUUUCCACUGUUUCUACUGUUGUUUAGUGCAGUUCGUGUGUCUCAGCUGUCAUCGGCACUCGCUUCCCGACAGUCUUUUCGACCUCCAUGAUGUUGCCAGAUGUGAUUUUUGCAGGGAGACUCGUGAUACAAAGCCUUCACCCUGCGACAUGUACCGGCCCCUCUGUCUUUACACCGCACUCCCUGCAGAUCAAGCUCCAGACAAUCGUCAAAGAAGAGCGUAGCAGAAACGAAGGGCAGAUGUUGGAUCAGCACUGCUGUUAGAGACGGUGUUACGGUAAUAUAAAAGAGCACGGUGGGGUAAUGUGGGGCAGCUGCCAAACUACGGACUGAUAGGACUCAGUUGUAUUUGGUGUGAGGUGGGGGUUUUCUGUGUGUGAGAAUUUUUCAGUGUUGAACAUGGCCUUAGAUCAAGAAAUAAAUAAGUUGUAUUUUUAAAAGGUGGAUGGAAUAGAAACCAAAACAGUUGAAGUGUAGCUGUGACUGCAGGUUUCCAGUCGUCUCAAACACUUAACUUUCCCUUUUCUCCCCCUUUAUACUUUUAUUUCUUUUUCCUCCUGCCUGUAUUUAUUUACCAAUUUAAAACAAAAAUACAUUCCCUAGUGGCUUGACAUCUUUAAUGCAGUCUUUAAAUAUGCACCAUGCCUUAUCGGUUCCUCCCAGAACUAUGAAAUACGCAUUUACUGUAUGGAGGAGGGGGGUAUUCCCUUCUAGUACCACAGUAUUUCUAAGAAGCUGUGUCAGUAGCGGGUAUAUUUCAGGCCGUGUCCGAUAAGAAACUGUGCGCUUCUGCAUUGUUCUGCAGAAGUUGUGUAUUUAAAUGUGUUUUGGGUUUUCUAAGCAGACGUAGCAGGGGUCGACCUGACCCUCCCAGCCUGAAUGCAGUCAGUAUUUUUUGCCUUUCUGUUUCUCCAGUCUAUCUUAGUGUGCUCUCCGGCGUUCGCCAGGGCAUUACACACAGCGGGGCUGAGCGUGAGCGAAUGUAGUGAAACAUCACCCUGAGCAGAAAGAUGCAUAAAGAGCUGAUUUUGCACUUGAGCGCAGGCCAGACUCACUGAGUGGUUUUCUAGUGAACUCGGUUAUAGAGGGCUUGGGUUUUUUCCCUCUCUCUGUCUUUCCCACUGAGCUGAGUGAACACGGUGCUGUGAUAUCUCAGUAGUGAUGUGGUGUUGGAUUUUUGCCCGGUCUGUUGUUUUUGGAUUUUUUAUUUUAUUUUAAAUGGCUUUGUUGUACUUUCUGUGUAAACUUUGCUUUAUUGUUAUUAUUAUUUUUUUGGCCUCUGAUAAAUGCAGAUUUUGGUUCUUAGAGAGCUGACCCAACAUGGUACCAGGUGAGAAGGUCUUGGAUGCUGCAGUUGCCCUGAAAAGAAGUUGAGUUGUGUUUUUCAGAGACAAUCAAAGCAUUAUGAUCCCCUCCUUUCUCUCUCUGUGCACUCUUGUACCUUGCUGCCUUAUCCUUGUGCGUUGAGAGAACAAACAAAUGCCAUUAAACUAGAAAUGAUGAUAAUGAUGCUGCAUUUUUAAGUUCCAUAGUUUUAUAUGUAUGCUGUCUGGUGAGCUUAAAUAUGGGGGAAAAAACAUGUAAUAUGAAUGCUUUCCUUUCCAAAGAAAAUAAAG